GAUAUUGUGCAAAGGAGGAUCAGUCGAUAAAAAAUUAUCAAGAUGGCAAGAACUAUUUCAAUUUGUGUACUCGGUGUUUUGGCUAUUUUGUGUUGUUGCUCACUAGCAUCAGCGCUCUCAACACCAUCAAUCCCAACAUCAAGCACUGAAUCAACACAUUCCUCUUCAUCAAUUGAACCAAAGUCAGAACCAACCUCAGAACCAAAAGCUGAGCCAAAAGCUGAACCAAAAGCUGAACCAAAGUCAGAACCAACCUCAGAGCCAAAAGCUGAACCAAAAGCUGAGCCAACGUCAGAGCCAAAAGCUGAACCAAAAGCUGAGCCAACAGCAAAAAUAACUGAAUCAACAACAACUUCAGGUAAAUCAUCAAUCUCAACAGCUGCUGGUGGACAAUCCACAACAACACAAUCCUCACUUGUAACCAUCAAAAUCACCAAUGGUACAGAAGAAGCGUCAAAAAAUGGAACAAAAGCUGAAGAUUGUGGAUUCUGGUGUAAAUUAUUUAGCUGAAAAAAAGAAUCUGACAAAGCUGUUAAUUAAUUAAUUUUAAGUGAAAAAAAUAAAAGAUUGAGACAAAAUGUCGUGGAAAAAUA